CGCGAUUUCACCGUGAGCUGGCCAGAGGCAGCUUGUCCGGUCCGGUGAACCUGCAGGUGGAGGAGCUAGAGACCACAGUUGGAGACCUGGAAGACAGGAUUCACAUGAUGGAGAAUUUGGGAGAAACACUGGCUUCUUCCAUGGAGAGUGCAGCUAUUGGCAAGUGGCAGAGCAUCGAGGGGGAGGGUACCGUCCACACCCAGUUAGUGGAGCUGGUGGAUCAGAUGAGACAAAUGUUGACUCAGGCUUCACAGUCAGAGGAACAGAGUCAAAAGACGAUGGCCUUGACCAACUUUGAGACCCUCUACACACAGGCCAUGAAGCUGCAGGUGCAGAUGAACAACCUGAGACUGAGCCACCUGGAGAGGAACAGAGAGAUCAUGAUGAUCAAACGGCAACUUCUGCUGCAGGAAGUCAACAACCUGCUCCUGCAGGCAGACAUCUCUCGCCGAGAGACAGAACUCUACCAGUUCCAUGAGGCCAAGAGAUUCUCUUCCCUCAAACGGUGGAACACUUUCAGUGGUGCAGAGAGACAUAGGCCCCACACUCAGGUCUCUCAUGGAGCACCUCACACACAGGCUGACCAGCAGUCAAUAACAGGGAAAUCUGGCCAGCAACAAGAAGCCAGGCUCAGUUCCAAAGAGAAGCCAGAAAUCAACAUUCCACAGAUGACAGAGAACUGGGUUCUAGCAUGUGACGCUAGUUCCUCCACAUCCGCUCCUGCUUCGCCGUUGUACGUCACCUCCGUGGGAAAGUCGACCGCUGUCUCAAGCCCUGUAGCUAAACCUGUGUUGUACCCAGGGGCGGCAGCAGAGCUGUCCACCGAUCACGUGGAGACACACCUGUUUGUAUCACCUGCAGUGACCAGACGCGACCAUCAGCGGAGACCAGCGGCUGCCAGUCGAUUACAAAACCAGAAUUCAAGAACUGACAUUUCUGGCUACGAAUCAAAAGAAACGUUACAACUGCCCACACUGGUCGUCCAUGUGUCUCCCGGAACAGAUUCACAUCAAGAGACAUGUGCACAUCAACUGGAGGAGGCAGCUGUAGAAACGGCAACAACCACAUUGUGCCCUCUUCGGCCGUUAGUUGCCAGGGCGGGGUUACCAUCAACAGCGGCGCCCACAACAAUAUUAACACGCUCAUUGACACCGCACAUGUCCACAGUAUGUGAUUCUGUCCCGCUACACCUGGAGAUCGAGCAGUUGAAACAAUUGAAACGCAAAGUGGAAAAGGGACCUCCCACUUUGAAGAGAUCUGAGGGUGAAGGACUUUCAGCAGCACCUUCCCCUGGGAAAGUCCUCCCACCCCUCAGUUCUACAGAGGUCCCCACCCCAACCAUUCCAAAGCAGCAAGGCCUGGAUCCAACCAAUCCGGUCCUUGCUGCUCCAGUCGUCGAUAAUGACAAUUCCGUAGCACCUUCUGUGAUGGGAUGUACAGAGAGUCUGCAUAUACUAGAACAAACUGAUAUUGAACCAGGCACUUUCAGAGGCGAUAGCUCUGGAGCACAAGUAGCCGAGAUCACACACAGUUUACCACCCACCAGUGACCACACGAAAUCUGGCUCCAUACCUCCUCGGAGUCCAGUCAACAAGCACAUAUUGCAGGGUCAGAGAGAGGAGAAAGACACCGCACUGAAAGACUACAGAGCCAUAUCCCCUCAAGGAAGCCCAAUUGCAGCCAGAGGAAAACCACCAUUGCCUCGACAUGUGGGCGGAGUUGCCAAGCAAUCGGUGAUAAACUCUUCUGCUUCAGAUAAAGGACCUCGAUCUAAGAGCGUCAGCGACGUGGAGCAGAGAAUGUCAGACUGCAAGAUGGCGAAACCUCUGCAGGAAGUCAUGAACAGAUUUGAGAAGCGAGCCACUGUCUGCGACAGUGAAGAUCAUCCCAUAGAAUUGAGAAAAACCCCAAGUCCAACUCUUCACCUGCCUAGGGUUGGCCUUAUCUCUCGAGUACGCCGGUUGAAACCCGCGGCUGAGUUGCUGGAAGAGAGUCAGCGUUACAGAAGUGGUCAUUCUAUCUAUGCUACUCGCAUCUUAAAUAAGUACCUUCCAACAGACCAACACAGGCUCGAUGCUUCACAUAGCAACCUACAGGGUUCAUGCAGUUAUGUCCAGGCAACAGAUCAUAGACUGUCUUGUGAAACUACGCCUGUACAAAGCAGGGAGUCAUCAAGAAAAAACUCUGAUGCUGAAGUGAAACCAAAUUACUCGCCUCAGGCUGAGUCAGGUUUUGUUGGGAAACUUUCCUCACUUGGCCAAAAAGAACCUCGCCACGAAACAGCAUCUGAUGGUACACAGCUGCUAACUGGUUGUUCGAGGGUGUCACAAGAGAGAACCUUGACUGACUCAGACAUUGACAGACAGCGUGACCUGUCUUCCAGAUCAGCUACCAAAGCCUACAAUCGCAGAUCCUGUGAGGUUGCCAUAGUUCUUUCUUCAGUCCCGACACCUGUCUCCGAAACAUCCGACGAGACCAGGACCCAUAGGUCAGCUGACGUAUCGGCUCAAAGUAUUGAGACACCGGGCUCAUCUAUAAAGCCGAGCAGUCACCAAUCACUGCCUACCAUCACGCAUGGCCUCGAACCCGUCCCAUCAGGAGAUGAGGCAGCCAGAGCUAGAGCGGCAACAUACUGCGUGUCAGACAUUGCUAGAAGUGAAAACACAAGGUUGUCAUCAGUGAGCUCAUCACAACGAUCACAACAAACAGGCAGUGAAGAACCGUCAACAUCUAUAGACACAGGGGGAACAAAAUCAACAGAGAAGGCACACCCAAGCAAUCUACCUUCACCUGAACCCACAGGCAGAAGACGAUAUAAAAUGGGAACAGUUGGCGUAUUGUGCAAGCAGUCAAUCUCCUUCGACCUGGGUGUUUCCAUGUACUCGCAAACAGAUGAGGCCAAGGAGUCGCCUGCCAGAUACAGACAAGCUCAUAGCUGGGACCCUAGCCACACUGCAAGCUCUGCAGCAGAAAACCAGAAAGACACGUCAGCAUUGUCCCCUGCCACAUCAACAUCCUCAGAAGAAACAACAGCCGAGCAGCGCCCUAUGUCGACUAGCUCUGAAAGGGAAUUGGCUCCAUCAUCUCCUGGCUGCGUGGAGAAAAAGAGAUCCCGGAGAUUUCUUCGCUCAACUUGGCUACAGAAAUCUAAACAAUUCUUUAAAGCUUCCAAAUAA